CAUAUACUUGAAUUUAUAAAGGCAGUCAAAAUCAAUGAUAAAAACGCAUGCUAUUUAAAUAGUUUCUUUUUAAAGCAUAUACUUUUUGUUAGCGUCUCGUUUUCCAUCCAGGUUCAACUGGAGAAACAGCGAGCCCAGAACGAGGAGGUGCGUUGGCAGGAUCCCGAGGAUGUCACCCAAUGUGCCUCCUGUGAAACUCCCUUCCCCACCAACUGCAAACACUGCGGCAAAAUCUUCUGUCCGAACUGCC